AUGGCCUCCUUGUUGGCGUCUCCCUUGUGCGCCACCACGCCCGACCCCAACUCUGUUCCGCCGUCGCCCCAUCCUCUCGCGUCCUCAUCGCGUCGAGCUUCUUCCCACCAGAUGCCGCAUCCUCCCGCCCCCGGUUCGCCGUCGUUGAACAUUCUCCCCUGGAACCGGAGCGCCCUCAAUACUUCAUCGUCUCUACCGUCCCCGCAUAUUCCGCCCGGCAGCUCCUUUCCGGGUCCUUCCAUGGUCGACAAUACAGGCGUGGGCCCCGGGCCCGGGCCUUUGCGACAUCCACGUCCUUUGACGGCGGCGGAUCUCCAUCUGCAGCUCGAGAAGGAGCAAGAGGCGGUGGUCAACCGCCUCACGCGCGAGCUCUCACUCCUACGCGCGGCUCAAAACGCAUCGGUCGUCUCCAACGCCUCCUCCACCUCUGCCAGCGCCUCGGGUACCGAGCCCGGCCAACCAUGUAGUGACAAUGCCCAACCCGCCCUCGGCACAAGCCAUUACCAGCCCAUCCGCCACCACCGCACCUCGUCGAGCGCCAGUGCCCGCAGCUUGACCGCCAACGCCGGCUCGGUUUCCACCACCUCGCUCGCAGGCAUCUCCUCCCCGGCGCCCGUGCGCCCCACCGCCCAACCCCCGAUCGCGAUCACCGGAGGCGGCGUGUCCCUCAGCAGACAAAACAGCGGCGCGUCGCACCGCAGCAGAACUGGCUCCCCCUCCCCCGCCCCGAGGUCCCUCUCCGGCAGCUACACCACCCACCACCACUAUGUGAGCGAGCCGAGCUACUUCACCGCCGCCCCGCCGCGGAUGAUGCGCAUCCACUCGUCGCAGUCGCAGUCGGGUACGAACACUACCAACACCCCUGCGCUUGCCACGCCUGCGUCAACCAUGACGGCCACGACGACCACGACAACAAGCGAACUGUCGCCUGGUAUCUUGCCCGCCACAACCCGGUACGAGGAAACGGCGCUUCGCAGGGCCGAGUUCGAGGAGAUCAAACAGGAGAAUGAGGCGCUGCGACGGAGGGUGAGGGAGUUGGAGAAGUUGGUCAGGGAGGCGGCGUUGUUGAAGGAGGGUGGUGCGGGAUGGGGUCCGAACCAGACCCAAAUUCAAAGCCAGGGUGAGGGUCAGGGGGGAAGGAGGGAAGGGGAGAGGUCGCGGGCUGUGAGUUCUGAGGAGCUCCUGGUUGGGGAGAGCGCGGCCAGUGGUGGUGUUGGGAGGGGAAGGGGGAGGGGGACCGGGAGGGAGUGGUGA